AUCACAUAUGCACAUCAGUUCCACGGGCACAUCAACUACCGUCGUAGGGAGCCAAACCAGAGUGUGUCCCUGAGACGAUGGCAGCUGCCGCCGUUGGUCGCCGAGGCUCCACCACCAGCACCUUCGUCUCCCUCGCCGUCGCCAUGGCCAUCGCUGCACUCUCGUCGCUUCCUCCGAGCAGCACCGCCGCCAAGGCGGCACCGUGCUCAAGCCACACCUUCUCGGGCACCACCGGCGGGCAGAACCCCUACGCGUCGUGCGCGGACCUGCCACGCCUCGGCGCCACGCUGCACUACAACUACACGGCUGCCACCAACACGGUCGCCGUCGCGUUCCGGGCGCCGCAGGCCAAGGGCGACGACGGGUGGGUGGCGUGGGGGAUCAACCCGAGCGGCCGCGCCGGCAUGGUCGGCACGCAGGCCGUGGUCGCGUUCCAGCGCUCCGACGGCAGCCUCGUCGCGUACCCGACGCUGCUCGACAGCUACGCGCCGUCCAUGGCGCCCGCCGCGCCCGGGGAUCUGGCGUUCCCGGUGUCGGACGUGGCGGCGGAGUACGUGGACGGGAAGGAGAUGGUGCUGUACGCGACGCUGGCGCUGCCGGCCGGGAACGGGCAGCAGGGGAGCAGCAAGUUCACCCACGUGUGGCAGCAGGGGACUGCGGUGGUGAACGACGUGCCGGCGGCGCACCCCACCACCGGGGACAACAUCCUUUCCACCGCCACUAUCGAUUUCAGCGAUUGACGUUGGGAGACAUACAUACGCUUGCGUCUAUCCGGCUGGGUGUUCUUGUAUUGUAUCAGCAUUCCCCGUUCUCGUCUCUCUCGUCUCUCUCUCUCUCUCUCUCUCUCUCUCUCUCUCUCUCUCUCUCUCUCUCUCUCUCUGUCUCUCUCUCUCUCUCACCUAUGUUGCUACGCAUUACGCACAUAUAUAAAUAAUAUUUCUCCAUUUAUA